CGAAGGCCAAGGACGAAGCCCAAGCGUGGCGUCUGCCGUCGGCCCGUCGCCUCCAACGCGCGGCGUUUCCAAGCGCAGCCGCUUCCACGAAGGCAUCGCCCCAUUUUGGCGUCUUCCGUGCGCGCGCUCCUCUUAAGCUUCACCCGCGCGCGCACCCGGUCACACUUGACUCGAGUGAGCGCGCUGUUCUCCCGUGACCUUGUCUCUGCCAAGGACCAACACCAGCGAAAAGGAAGCUAUGGGCGCUGCCGCGGCGGAGGUCGUGGCGCCACCGAGGCCGACGUCGGCCAAAAGGAGGUCGACCACGCUCAAGUUCCUGUUCGAGCUCGAGAAGCCGGACGGCGUGGUCCCCGGCACGGCCAAGCUGCCACCGCCGUCGCCGGAGCCCGAGGCGGACAGCCUCAUCGACAAGAUCGCCUCGUGCAACCGCGUGUUCACGUUCGCCGACGACGCGGCCGACGAGUGCGAGGAGGAGCGGGACGCGAAGCGGGAGCGGCUCGUCGAGGUGCUGGGCGCCGUCCGGUCGAGCGGGAGCGCGGGCAACAAGCAGCAGCAGCCGCUGGACCACCGCGUGAUGGUGGCGCUGCUGAAGAUGGUCGGCGCCAACCUGUUCAGGGCAAUGCCGCCGUCGGCGUACCCGGCGCUGCUGCCCCCCGACGGCGUCGACGAGGAGACCCCCGUGAUGGUGCUGGCCCCGUCGUGGCCGCACCUCCAGGUGGUGUACGACAUCCUCCUCUCCGUGGUCACCGCGUCGGACGCCAAGACGCUGCGCCACCACGUGGACCGCGCGUUCCUCUCGUCGCUCCUGGCGCUGUUCCGCUCCGAGGAUCCUCGGGAGCGCGACCGGCUCAAGACCGUGUACCACCAGCUCUACUCCAAGCUCACCUGCGAGCGCGCCUUCAUGCGGCGGUCCAUGGCCGCCGCGUUCCUACGGUUCGUCUACGAGGCGUCCACCGCCGAGCGCCACUGCGGCGCCGCCGAGCUGCUGGAGAUCUGCGGCAGCAUCAUCAACGGCUUCGCCGUGCCGCUCAAGGAGGAGCACCGCGCGUUCCUGGCGCGGGUGCUGCUGCCGCUGCACCGGACGCGGUGGGUGCACACGUACCACCGCCAGCUCGCCUACUGCGUGCUCCAGUUCGUGCACAAGGAGCCGGGCCUCGCCGACGCCGUGGUCACGGACAUCCUGCGCCACUGGCCCGUCACCAACUGCCAGAAGGAGGUGCUGCUCAUCGAGGAGCUCGAGGAGAUUCUCGAGGUGCUCGAGCCCAAGCACUUCCAGAAGCUCGCCGUGCCCAUCUGCGCCCGGAUCGCCCGCUGUGUCAGUAGCUACAGCUCUCAGGUGGCGGAGAGGGCGCUGUACGUGUGGAACAACGAGCGGUUCGUGGAGCUGGCGACGGCGUCGCCGGGCGUGAUGGAGAAGAUCCUGCCGGCGUUCGUGGCGAGCGUGGAGAGCAACCUGGAGCUGCACUGGAGCAAGUGCGUGCAGCAGGUGACGGCCAGCGUCAAGUCCCUGCUCCAGCAGGUCGCGCCCGACCUGUACGCCCGCUGCGCCGACGAACUCGCCACGCGGCGGUCCGAGGCCGAGGUCGCCGCCGCCGUGCGCGACGCCCGGUGGCGCAAGCUCGAGACGGCCGCCGCCGCCGCUGCCGCCAAAUAGCCCGGCGCUGCCUCGACGACGACGUGUCAGUGUACAUGCGUGAGUGGUGGUGGUGGUACGCCACGGCGCCGCGAUUGGUGGCGUCGUCUCAGCAGCGUGCCAUUUUGGCUGGCAACGGCGUAGCGGCUGUAAGACCGAGAAGACCAUGUUGUGCAAGCGAAGUUUGUGCUC